GGGGUUGUUCUCCCGCGGCACGCGCAGCAGCCGCAGCCGCCUCGCGCCGGGUUCCUCCUUUGCAGCACGAGCCUCAGCAGCAGCAGCAGUAGCAGCAGCAGCAGGAGCCAGAGCCCGAGCAGCCUCUGCCGCCGCCGCCGUCCCACAGACGUGAUUGGUCGGCCCGCCGCCCGGGCUCGAGCCGCCGCAGCCUUCGCCGCGCGCGCCCUCCCCGCCGCCGCCCGCAGCACCGUAGCCCCGCAGGAGCCGGCCCGAGCCGCCCCGCGAAGAUGGUGGACCGCGAACAACUGGUGCAGAAAGCCCGGCUGGCCGAGCAGGCGGAGCGCUACGACGACAUGGCCGCGGCCAUGAAGAACGUGACAGAGCUGAAUGAACCACUGUCCAAUGAAGAAAGAAACCUCCUCUCCGUGGCAUACAAGAACGUGGUGGGGGCUCGGCGUUCCUCCUGGCGGGUCAUCAGCAGCAUCGAGCAGAAGACGUCCGCCGAUGGCAACGAGAAGAAGAUCGAGAUGGUGCGUGCCUACCGCGAGAAGAUUGAGAAGGAGCUGGAAGCCGUGUGCCAGGACGUGCUGAGCCUGCUGGACAACUACCUGAUUAAGAAUUGCAGCGAGACCCAGUACGAGAGCAAGGUCUUCUACCUGAAGAUGAAGGGGGACUACUACCGCUACCUGGCUGAAGUGGCCACGGGGGAGAAGAGGGCCACGGUGGUGGAGUCCUCGGAGAAGGCCUACAGCGAAGCCCACGAGAUCAGCAAGGAGCACAUGCAGCCCACCCACCCCAUCAGGCUGGGCCUGGCUCUCAACUACUCCGUUUUCUACUAUGAGAUCCAGAACGCACCCGAGCAGGCCUGCCACCUGGCCAAGACCGCCUUCGAUGACGCCAUCGCGGAGCUGGACACCCUCAACGAGGACUCCUACAAGGACUCCACUCUCAUCAUGCAGCUCCUCCGGGACAACCUAACGCUCUGGACCAGUGAUCAGCAAGACGACGAUGGUGGAGAAGGCAACAAUUAAGACCCCGGGUGGACUGGCAGCCACACGCUGAUGCUACUGCUGCAGUCUUUAUUUUUUUCCCACAAGUUGGGGGGGUCGGGUGGGGGAGGGGAAGGGAGGGGGUGACCUUCCCGGGGAGGAACCCACGGCCUAUCUUUGAUUGCCUCUUUGACAUUUUUGCCAAAAUACCACUAGUGGAAAGUCGGGCUGGCUGUGCUGGUAUGGAGUGGCAGCCUCACGCUGGCAUACAGACUGUUCUGUAGAUUAAUCCGAGUGGAGCUGUCUUUGAUUUAACUUAUUGCUAGGGAUAGGGUUUUAAGACGAAAAAACAACUUGAAUGGAUUGGCCCUCAUUUGAAUAAGUUCUGUGGUUCCAGUAAGAAUUCUGUUUUUUUGUUUUUUGUUUUUUUAAUGUUUAUGUGCUCAUGUCUUGAGUUGUGGGUGCUGUGUAUAGUUCCUGUGUCGUAGUGGUGUAUCUUCCACGGUGCACGCUACCCGUCCUGGCAUUGCUUCGAUCCCCACGGUAUGGCAGCUCAUUUAGCCUUAACAUUUAGGCCCCGUUAACUCUUCUGAGACGCCCAUUAGCUUUGCAGUAUUGAUACUAAGUGACAGUUUACAGUAUUCUACGUGACAGCCAUACGUGGCAUCAAGCCAUCUCUUGUGUCUCUUCAUUCACUUGGGUGUUUGGGGUUCUUUUCUUCCUGAGCCCUGCUUUCCACCUCGCAGGCCCCAUGGCUUGCCUGAGGAGUAGCAGGAGCCACCCUGCAGUGGGGCUCAUGGGUAAAUAACAGGUGCUUGGCAAGUGGCGAUGGAAUUUUGUCCUUUUCUUUUUCUUUUCCACUAUUUACUCUGCCAAAAAGUAGUUAAAACACUUUAACAGAAGUAGGUUUGAUUAAAUGCCACCAAAAAAAAAAGAAAAUUCAGGUGUGUAUGUCAUGUGCCGAGAUGGUGUUUUCCAAGAUGAUGCCACAGCUUCUUCCUCAGGGAUUACACUGCCAGUCCCCUUUCACUUGACUCUCUCCCACUGUACUUUUGGCCCCCAGCGCUCGGUCACCUGUUGGAUUAUGUGGAAGUCUGGUGGCCAUCCUAAGAGGCUGGGCUAGGUACAGUGAGGGAAACUUCAGGUGCUAGAAGCCCAUUUGGUAGAGAAAUCCCCAGUGGAAGAGCAAGGUUCACAUGAACACGUCCCUAGGAAAUGUGGGGAGCCCUGUAACUGUCCAUUCUUUCCUUCUCCCUCUCAUAGAAAAAAGAGAACCACCACCCCUCCCCUUUCUUCCCUUCAUUCCCCCCAAGUUCUUUUAUUUAGUUAGGGAGAGAAUAAAUGGACCCAGAUUGUGACCAGACAGAUAAUACUUGCUUUUAUUUGAUUUGAAGACUUUUUUCUUUUGACUUUUCCAGCUUUUACAAAAUUAAAGCGUGGAAAAUUGGAGGUUGACUGCCACUCCCUUCUAAUUUAUUGCAUUGGUUGAGCACUUACUGUGUGCCAGGCACCGUGCUGAAUGCUGGAGAUCGAGCUUUCCUUGCUUGGAAUAGAAGGAAGAGGCAGGGCUCUUGCCACCAGCUGGUUUCCAGUAAGCCUAGAGUCCCUUCUCCUUUUGGAGAAGCCAGUCUAUAAACAUGAUAUAUCAGUGUUGCUUAUGUGUUAUGUUCAGUUAUUUUUUGUAAAACCUGCUAUAAUGUGUCUAAAGUCUUUGUCCCUUCGCUUAAGCAGGAAUAAUUGAAUGAAAAAAUAGCUGACAGAAAUGUCUCUGCUAAAUUUUUCUGCCAAAAUUGACUUUAUAUUAAUCCUGAAAACUGGACCUAAACGCCAGUGAAGUCAGAAGAAAUCCUCCUUCUAACGUGGAAUAAAUGUAUUCUCUGUGUAACAUCACACAGUCUCCCCUAUAGUGACUCCCUUUAGAAGUUCAUCUCCAUGAACUAGAGAGAAAAGUCCAAAUUAAAUGACCCCGACUGAAAGGACAGAUAGGAAAAACCUGGAUUCCUGAGUAGAUGCAAUGGAGUGGAAGAGAUUGGGGGGUGGGGUGGAGAUGGGGUGUGGUUCUUUUUUUACUUUAAAGUAAUUUAAAUUCAUGUUCAGACAUGAGCAGUGUUGUCCCUACCUGUAUAACUCGAUAGUGAUUUACUGGAAUUACAAAACCUAUUUUUUUUUUUUAAACUUCAGCUUUGGCUCUGGCUGCUUUUAGCAAACCCUUCAGACCAUGAUCACGCAGAGGCUGGGACGGGAGAGUGGGGGCGGGGAUUGGAUUCUUAAGCAGCUUCAUUGACCUUUCCUCCUUUGAUUUUUGUUCCUGUUUUUUUCUUUUUUUAAGAAAUGCACUUGCCUAUGAUACUGUCUCUCCAGUGAAAUGACUGCUCCUCCAUUACUCUAUCGAUACCAUAUUGUGCAUGCUGGUGUUGUAUUUCUAUACAGUAGCCUGAGAUUUAUUAACUUAUACUGUAGAUGUUAUGUAUUCCUAUGACAAAAAAAAAUUAAGUCUUCAAAAAUUUUUUAAAGUUUUUUAAUUUAUUUUUUUCUUUUGGGGGUAAAGUUCGCUCUACCAAAUAGUGAUCGUAACAAAUUGAUCUGUUCUGGAUGUUGCUAUAGUGACAUGCAAUUCUAUCUUAUUUUGUUUCUAAAAAGGAAAACAAAGCAAAAGAAACACCAGUAUUAGCUCAAUCUUAAUGUCUGGUGUGCGUUGUCACGGUGAAGUUAUAACUCUCACAGUGUAGGAGAACAACGACCGUGUUCUUGGAAUGAGCCUUCGUGCUUUUUGUCAUGUUAUGCAGUGAACUAUUUUUAAGGUCUGAUCAGUGAUUAUUUUUCAACUCCGUGUUUCUGUAAGGAAUUAUUUCACACACGGACCAUUCUUAGCAGUUUUCCUCAGUGAUGGAAUAUCAUGAAUGUGAGUCAUUAUGUAGCCGUCGUACAUUGAGCAAAUAAACUUACAGAUCUGAUGUCAGUGCGCA